AGAUUGGUAACAAAUGAUCUGGUAUGAAAGUAAUCAAUUUUCGUACCAGAUAGGCGGGCAAAAUGGAAAGAGAGCUGUUAACAAGAGUUGUCGAAUGAAGCCAAGUCAAAAAAGAAACCUUGAAUCCUCUUACCUAGUCAAAUGAGAAGUGAUCUGCAAGAUGAGAUAAAAUCAUGAAAAUCAGUUCUUGCCUUUACUAUCCCACUCCCAUAUGAAAAUUCGGGACUUCCAUUGAAAAGUUCAGCAGUGUUCUACUUUUUAACCUUCUCCAAAGCACCCACAAAUCUACCAUUAUUCCUCUUCUUUGAAACUCCUUCACAUUGUGGUUUAGUUUAACAUGGGGGAGUGGAGGACGAUGACGCUGCAGAUAAUGGUGAUGCUGCUCAUAAUGGUGGUGCGGGUGAGCUCUGAAGCCACGGUAAAGUCGUGUGAGACAACGGUGGAAUCUCAAACCUUUGGAAAGUGCAGGUACUUUUCGCUUCUUGAAUCGACGCUUUGGUGGACAUACGACACAGAUAAAAACUCCAUGGAUUUCGCCUUCCGAACAAAGCCAGCAAGCAAAGGCGGAUGGGUGGGGUGGGGCAUAAAUCCCAACACCACAGGCAUGGUGGGCACCCAAGCAGUGAUCGCCUUCCAGCACUCCAACGGCAGCAUGGUGGCCAUGACUUACAAUGUCGUCAAGCCCCCCAACGAGCAGGAGCCUUCUGCACUCUCAUUCCCCGUCUCCAUCAUCAACUCCACCAUUAACGACGGCACCAUCACAAUAUUUGCUUCGCUUGUUUUGCCCUCCAAGAAGACGGCGGUGAGCCAUACAUGGCAGGUGGGUGGCGAAGUGAAAGGCGUGGUUCCACAGUCACACCCCUUGGCUCCCGCAAACCUCAAUAGCUUUGGUCCUCUCGAUCUCCUCUCUGGCGUCACCGCCCCAGCUGGUCCUGUUGGUGCAAUGCCGCCCACCACAAAAACUACUCCUCCUUCCACUCCAGCCUCCUCAUCAAACUCUGCUAUCCACCUCAGCCUUCCCGUUCUUGCUUUCUCCUCCUCUCUCUUUCUCUGCUUUUUGCUUCACUUGAGGUGAAUUCUAUCAACUAGUCCUCCUCCUACUCCAGCCUUUCAUCAAACUCUGCUAUUCACACCAGUUUUCCCUUUCUAGCUUUCUCCUCCUCUCUUUCUCUGCUUUUUGGAUUCACCUCUUUCUGUGAAAGAAAAAUUUAACCUCAACAUGAUUCUCCAUGUCAUUUGUAGCCGUUUUUUCUUAUUAUAAUAAUGAUAAUUUCGUGUUU